AUGGAGAAACAUGUACAUCACAUUUGUAUACAAACGAACGAACAAACGAGGCGUCUUCUAACAGUCUGCUGCCGAUCAGGAAGGCUUGGAGCAGCUAGUUACACUCUACAAACGAGCGAGCUGCUAAUCUUGGAAGAAAUAAUGGACCGAGCUCCCGAACACCAGAUCUUUUUAUCCUUAUUUAAUCAAAUCGACCCAGUAAAGAUCAUAAUGGAUGGAAAAUCUCAGGGCACCCUCAUAAGUGCUGUCAAGAAAAUCGUCCUUAAUGACACCGACGACGGAAAGUGUAAACUCAUAUUUGUAUCCGCUAAAGACUACAAUUUCGAAGCAUGUAAGCGUCGUAUACACUCCCUCUCUCUCCCCAACGAACCUCCCCACUGCUCGGACGAGGAGCGCCUCGUGUUCCUCCGUACGGUCGUCGACUUCUCUCAGACGCAAACUGUGCACGCUCUGGGCGCUAUGCUGAGAUACCUAGACCUUAACUGGUCGAAUCUGAGCUUGAAUCUGCACGGGAAGCCCGAAUUUUUAAGCUUAAGGAGAAUAUCCCUACAUGAUAUAGUAUCGAUAGACGAGGACACGUACCGCGGCUUACAAAUCUUCAGCUCCACGUCACAUCCGAGCGGGUUUAAGAAGGGCGCGCGGGGGAGCAGCAGGGAGGGACUGAGCCUCUUCCAGCUCUUUAGCAAAUGCUCUUCUAAAGUCGGACAUAGGCGUAUGAGGCAAUUAUUCCGUCACCCAACGAACGACAUCGAAACACUCAAACGAAGACAAGACGUCAUCGGAUACUUCAUUAGACCACAGAGCGACACUAUCAUGAGAAACAUUUGCACUUCUCUUAGAUUUAUAAAAAAUGUUAAUGGCAUCCUUGCGAAGAUCAAGGCUUUAUCAGCAAAGGCUUAUCAAUGGAAAUCACUUUACAAUGCUCUAUACAACGUCGUUCUAAUUUGCGAAAUGUGUGAAUCUGUUGGACAAGAUUGUGAAUAUUUGGAACAACUAGCGACUUACGAUACUAACAAACUUUACGAGAUGGCACUCUACAUGAACCGAAUUAUAGACUUCGAUCUGUCCAAGUCUGAAGGGAAAUUCACCGUGAAAGCGGGAGUGGACCCCGACCUAGACAUUAAAAAACAAACCAUGGCCAGCCUCCACGGGCUGAUGUCUGAAACGGCCAAAGUCGAGCUAGAGCGUUUACCGACUUUCAUAGAGGAGUGUACGAUGCUGUACAUGCCGCAUUUAGGUUAUCUGCUGGGAGUCAAGGCCUGGGACGACAAGUUGACGAUGGAAGAGAAGGAGCUGCCCAACAUGAAGUUUAUGUUCCAAAACAACGACUACAUUCACUACAAGAGCAAAGGAUGCGAAGAACUAGACGUGAUGAUAGGCGACACGUAUCCGGAGAUAGUGGCUCAUGAGACGCGGAUCAUGAUGCGGCUCACUUCCAUUCUACUGGAAAAUCUACACACACUUGCGACCGUCAUAGAUAAGUGUGCUGAGUUAGAUUGCUUAAUAACAAUAUCCAAAGUAUGCAAAGAAUACAACUACGUCCGACCGACGUUAACCGCAGACAAAGUGAUAGACAUCAAAGAAGGCAAGCAUCCGCUGUACCUGGCCAACUGUGACAACUUUGUGCCCAACGACGUGACCUGCAGUCGGGAGGCGGGCUACGUCAAGAUCCUGACCGGACCCAACUCCAGCGGGAAGUCCGUGUACAUGAAACAGAUAGGGCUGAUCGCGUUCCUGGCGCACGUGGGCAGCUGGGUGCCGGCGGCGGCGGCGCGGCUGGGCGCGCUGCGCCGCCUGCACUCGCGCGUGCGCUCCGCCGAGCCCGUGGCCGCGCACAUGUCCGCCUUCCUCGUCGACCUGCGCCAGAUGUCUCUCGCCCUGCAAGAGGCCACCUCCGACUCCCUGAUCAUCAUCGACGAAUUCGGCAAGGGCACGUCGGAGACGGACGGACUCGCACUGCUCGCAGCCUGCCUCAACACUUACCUGUUCCGGGAAGAAGAUUGCCCACAUUUACUGAUAUCGACGCAUUUCUUUAAUCUCAAGGAGUUCAUUGUCGAUACGCCGAUCGUCCAGUUUUUGCAUUUGGAGCACGUCGUGCACGGCGGCCGGCCCGUGUUCCUGUUCCGCGUGGCGGCGGGCGCGGGGGGCGCGGCGGGCGCGGGGGGCGCGGGGGGCGCCGCCUGCGGGGUCGGCGGCCGUGUGGUGCGCCGCGCCGAGCGAGUGCUGGAGGCCUUGGCGACGAACACCUUGCCACCCGCUAAUGAGAAGAUCAAGGAAAAACUAAAAGCGAUCACGGAAAUUAUGAAGACCGAACUGCUCGCUGAAGACAUUUAA